AACAGAGCGUGGGGUGGACUAUUCCACGCCGGAGCUAGCACGAUGGCCAAGCUGGGAGGCAGGAGCAAAGACGCCGAGGCGGCGGUGAGGGAGUGGCUGGAGCCGGGCGUGGUCAGCAAGCUGUACGACGUCUUCACUGUUGCCGGCCUCCGAGUCGACUCCAUUGAGCCCGGCCGCGCUCUCUGCACCUUCGUCGUCCCCCCUCGCCUUACGGACGCGAGCAAGCGCAUGCAUGGUGGGGCGUUGGCUUCUCUGGUGGACCUGGUGGGGUCGUCCGUGUUCUUCGCUGGCGGCUCGCCGACGACGGGGGUGUCCCUGGAGAUCACCAUAUCCUACCUCAACGCCGCCUGUGCAAACGAGGAGAUCGAGAUCGAAGCGAGGGUUCUGGACAUCGGCGGGACGACGGGGUGCACGACCGUGGAGGUCCGGAAGAAGGGCACCGGCGCGGUGAUCGCACACGGCCGGCACACCAAGUAUCUCGCCGUCUCCAGUAAACUGUGAUCGGUCGGUCGAUCAGGAACACCGGCGCGUGUCUGCAUGACUGCACCAGUACCUCUCAUCUCGAGCAAUGAUCGUUUCAGUAUAUGUUCUGCUUUGCACGGAUCAGUGUGCACUGUACGCACAGAUGCAUAAAAGCAUAGGCUAAAUAAGAGAGAACUUUUAUAGUACAUGAUGGUACUAAAUGGUGAAGAAUAUUAUUAUUGUGAUAUGACCGUCUAUUUAAGUAAGUAUUAUUGUAAUUAUCUAAUAUUGAUGAAACGAAGAGUCAAUCCGCCGGUCUCUAUUA